AUGGACCUCAAAAGACCUUCCAACAAACGAGAUCGCCCUUUGAGUAGCUGCUUCGAAUCUCCUGCCACUCAGAAAUGGAGUGAACAAUCAUUUAUUCCCCGUUCUCCAAGUAAGGGAAACCCAGAAAUUGCUGAAGUUGAUGAGGUUGAAGAUGAAGAACUCUUCGCAUCACCAGUGCGUCGCCGGAAACCAUUCAAGAAUAUCACCAACUUGGUCAAUAGCUUUGAAACUUCGGUCCGCUCCAAACUCAUGAGUGCCACAAUGCCCUUUUUAACCAGGUCGUCGACUCUGGUGGAGCAGCAUCUGUCGGCAGUUAAAUCACCAGUGCAACAGCCUAGAAAACCAGCUAGACCCCCCAUUGCGGUUUUGCAAGCGCCUCCCGCCAAUAUCCGUCGCAUCCAUUCGAUGUGCCAGACAUCUCGUGAGAAGGAAACCUGCUCUAUGGAGAGUAAUUCUCAUUUGCAGAAAACUAAUAUUUCUUAUUUCAAAGUCGACAAUGAUCUAUUUCCUCGAAUCGAAGCCGACGAACUCAAGAAAGUACUCGCCGGCGACUACGAAAACACUUUUGAUGAAGUGGUUAUUGUCGAUUGUAGGUUCGAGUACGAAUUCAAUGGAGGCCACAUUGAUGGGGCGGUAAAUCUCAUGACGCAAGAAGACCUUGAAAACUACUUUAUGACUGAAAAGCGUCUUGGUAGUAAAGCCAAACGCUUGUGCGUGUUUCACUGCGAGUUUAGUGUUUUCAGAGGUCCAACAAUGGCUGGCCAUUUGCGUAAAUUAGAUCGUAUCGCAAACAGCGAUUCCUAUCCUCAUUUGUCUUACCCAGACAUCGUUAUACUUGAAGGUGGCUACGAGAAGUUUUUCUCCAAGCAUAUUAGUCAUUGCAUCCCUCAAGCCUACGUGGAAAUGAAAGAUAUCAAUUAUCAGCAUACUUGCGAAGAGGAAAUGAAUAAGGUCCGCAAGUCGACAAAGCUCCCUCGAGCUAAAUCAUUUCAUCAAUUUGGUGCAAAGGCUUCGCUGCCAAAACACUCGAGAUCGAAGUCAUAUACUACCGUUACUUCCCAUGCUGAAAACUUGAAAGUAUUGAAGCGUCACAGAUCUUCAUCAAUAAUGAACAAACCCACCAGAUCGGGUAGCUUGGAUCUCAAACUUUCGAGGGCUUCCACCUUUUCUCACGCAGCUUCUGUAUUCAAUUCAUCACCAACAACCAGUCCCGUGUUGACGGUGUUUAACAACAUAGUGGACGAAGAUUUGCAACCACCUACUGCACUGUUCAAAGUUAGCUCACAGAGGCAGUCAACUGGCUCAAACUACUCCCUUUCAUGUUCCUCCAUUAAUUCAUCCAAUUCGUCCAUUUCUUCCGAACAUGUUUCUGCUUUUUCAUCCACAGACUCAUUGUCUGACACAUUUACAUCUCCACUUCUCGAAGCAAGCAGCUUCUUCGAGACAAGUUCACUGUCUCCUUUCAACAAGUCUUCUGGUAGCAAGCAUUCGGUAUUAAGAUCGACCACCAAGAAGCCUUCUUGUCCCUUACCUACUAUUCCAAAUGUUCCAGUAACUUCCCCAGAACUUCCCUUUGGCACAUUGAUCAACCACAAUCCUUCCAACUUACCUCUGACUAGUUUUACAUUUCCAGCUCAGAAGGCACCAAAGCAAGUCAAACCGCAGAGCCUCAAUCGCAUACUGGUGACAAAGAACCCGCAACCUGCGGUUACAUCCUCGCCAUUAAUAAGCUCGCCUUUAUCCACUUUCACGCCUAUGUCAACACAUCACAACUUGACUUCGCCUACUCACAUAAUUGAUCCCAUUAAUGAAUCACCCGUGGAUUUCUCGGUUCCAGUGACGAACUACAAGGGAAGUUACCUCAGGCGCCUUUCAACUGACGGAGGUUUACACAAGUUUGUAACCUUAGAUAUAGAUGAGGUAGAUGAGGAGCAUGAUGGCAACGACACAACCGUGACGGAUAUCAUCGAUGAAAAGUCAUAUAAUGAAUAG